GUAGAAGACUGUUUUACGUUAGCUGGAUACGCCAUGUUGAUUUAACAGGUUUACCUUCAUUUUGCGACCAAGACAUACAUAAUGGACCCCCGAGCCCAAGACAUCCUCCUUUGUGACCUUUGUCAAACAGCUGCAUUACAGAGUCACUGUGAACUUUGUCAUGUAAAUCUCUGUAUAGGCUGUGUUGGAAAACAUCUCUCUGAUUCAUCUAAGAGACACAAAGUUGUACUAUACAAUUACAGAACAUCGACUCAUAACUACCCUACAUGUACAAUUCACACUGAGAAACAUUGUGAACUUUACUGUGAGAAAUGUGACAUUCCUAUCUGUUUAAUCUGCAUCUCAUCUGGUAAACAUAAAGGACAUGAUAUAUCUGAUAUUCGUCAAAAACGAAAUUAUAAAGCAAAGGAUUUACAAGAGGAGUUACAAGAAUUAGAAAACAGAAUCGAUCCUUUUUAUAAAGAAAUAAAAUCUGAAUUAAACUCUGAAAAAAUAAGCGCGGAAAUACAUUAUGAGAAACUGACAACAGCUGUUGCCAAACAAGGAGAAGACUGGCACAAAGAAAUUAACACCAUAGUCAAGAAACAAAAAUCUGAAAUUGAUGAGAUGAAAUCUAAACACCUGGAUGCUCUGAAUAAACAGGAAAAAGAAAUUGAAAAAAUUAUUUCUGAUGUAAACCAGAGUAUUCUUGAUCUGAAAAAAAUACUAGAUUCCAGUGAUGUCUCCCUUAAACCGGCUUACAAAUCCAGGAAUGCUCAAUUCAAAUGUUUUCCUCCUAAAGUCAAAGUUUCCUUACCAAGUUUCUCUCCUUUUCAUAUCAACACAGAUCAGCUUCAUGCAAUGUUUGGUUCAUUGUCGGCAUUAUCCAUUACAAUGGAAGAAGGUGGUUACACAAUGAUUACAACAGAAGCUGUAUCUUGUCCUCCUGCUAAAACAUUGCUUGUUGAGCCAGAGAUCACCACAAUCAUAAGAACUUUUUCACUUUUCCUAUACAGUGUUACUUGUCAAAGUGAUGAAGAAAUCUGGACACGAGGAGAAGACAAAAUCAUGAAACUCUACAACCUCCAGAGCAGACUACUGAAGUCAAUCCAAACCAAGUCUGGAAAAGAACCAUGUGACAUGGCAGUGACAACGACGGGUGAUCUGGUUUAUACUGACCCUAAUACGAGAACUGUAAACAUAGUGAAGAAUAAACGGAUACAGGAAGUUAUCAAACUACAGGGGUGGAAACCUUACUAUGUCUGUAGUACCUCCUCUAAUGAUAUCCUGGUUACCAUGGUCAGUGAUGAUUAUAGACAAUCAAAAGUUGUCCGUUACUCGGGCUCAACAGUAAAACAAACCAUUCAGUUUGAUAGUGAAAGUAAACCUCUGUAUUCAUUUAACCAUAUUAAAUAUAUCAGUGAGAACAGGAAUCUUGAUAUAUGCGUGGCUGACCAUGGAAGCGGAGAAUUAGUGGUAGUCAAUCAGGCAGGAAAACUUCGAUUUAAAUAUAUUGGUCAUCCCUGCAUUUUCAAUUCAUUUAAUCCAGUCGGCAUCACAACAGACAGCCAGAGCCAGAUCCUGACAGUAGACUUGCGUAACAAAUGUAUCCACAUCCUAGAUCAGGACGGACAGUUCCUCCGUUACAUUGACAACUGUAAUCUACAGAAUCCCUGGGGUUUAUGUGUGGACACUAGAGACAACCUCUUUGUAGCUGAGCGUAGCGAAAAAAAAGUGAUGAAAAUCAAAUACAUGUAGUAGAUUAAAAACUUGAGCAUUGCUUUGUGAAUAAAUCAUCAUGUAAAAUAAUAGUUACAUUUUUUCAACAUAACUUUUAUACAGUUUUAAUUACAUAUGUGUUUGAGUUAAUAAAUAUUUUAUUAAGGAUU